UCGGCGUCCGAGUGUAUCGAGAUGCUUACGAAGACGACCGCAUCUCUGUCCAUGGGAGACUAGAACAUUCAGCGAGACAUGUCUAUACACGUCCUCAUGACCAACGGUCUAGCCGCGGCGCUGUCCAACUGGUAUGGUCAGUAUACCAGUUACGGGUAUGCCCGAGCUGUUCCAUUCCUCCAAGUGAGACCACCUGGCUGGUGUUCUGUGUAUAUAACCCGCGCCUUCGUGGUCCCCUCCGAACCCUAGCUCUUCAAGCCCUCGGGGACCAGCUGUAAUCGACUUCUCAACCACUCCCCCAUCUCUUGUAACCACAUCUCUCCAAAGCAGCGUCAUCACAAUGGGUGGCAACAGGGCGUUGAACCUCAACCCUCCCAAUGCUGACCUUCACAUCACCACUCAUGCCUCGGACUGGCUGUGGUCGGCAUUCUCUGUGUUCGGCCUGUCCCUCUUGGUUAUGAUUGGCUUGGAUUUACUGCGCCCGAGAGGCACUCGUCUGUUCCACCAGAUUGCCAUUGUCAUUUUGGCAACGUUCACACUCGGUUACUACUCGAUGGCCUCCGAUCUCGGUGCUACACCCAUCCUCGUUGAGUUCCGUGGAUACGGCAGCGACCCUACUCGUCAGAUCUGGUAUGUUCGCUACAUCCAGUGGUUCAUCACUUUCCCCCUUCUCGUUCUGGAAGUGUUGCUCGCCACCGGCCUCUCACUCUCGGACAUCAUAACCACCCUGUUCAUGUGCAUCGUCGUGGUCAUUUCCGGCCUCGUCGGUGCCCUGGUGCACAGCACGUACAAGUGGGGUUACUUCUCCUUCGGCUGCGCUGCCCUCAUCUACAUCUGGUACUCCCUUCUCAUCCACGGCACUAGGACGGCGUUCCCGGCCGGCGGUGUCCUUCGCACCGGCUACAUCCGCUCUGCGGGCUACCUCUCCUUCAUGCUCAUCACGUACCCCAUCUGCUGGGCGUGCUCCGAGGGCGGCAACGUCAUCUCGAACUCCGGCGAGAUGAUCUGGUACGGCAUCCUCGACAUCCUCGCUGGCCCCGUAUUCUUGUUCUUCUACCUCUGGCACCUCAUGGACGUCGACUACGCGGCGUUCGGCUUCGCGUCAGGCAGGUCCACCGGCAUCACCCAGCCUGAGGCCCCCACGGCCGCAGCCGGCGAGAAAUCUGCCCCGCCGGCGUAGAGGAUUUCUAGCUCAAUUGUAGCGAGAUAUUGUUUGCAUUGAUGGGUCAACCUUCUUCUCCGUCUACGAUGCCAAAGGCCAUGUUUACGUUGCUUCACGAAUUUGCUUAUGACCCCCUUGCGGUACCCUCUGUACUUACAACCGGUUACGGUUUUACUCCGAGCUUCGAAUCUUAUUGCGAUUGGUUUCGCUUCUGGGAUACUACAUUGUGCUACUAGCUUUGUGCGGUCUUUGAGUGAGCGUGAAUACAGCGUUCUAGCUCACGACAUUCAGCAAUGAGUACGAAUAUAUGCAAUGUUUCGCGUCCUAUGGAGCCCUUGUGAACAGUAUG